UUGCCCCCUUGUUGUUGUUUUCUUUUCUUUUCUUUUCUUUCUUUUUUUUUUUUUUGGGUUUUUGCUUUCUUCCUCUACUGUUCCUUCUUCAUCUCUCUCUGUUUUGUAUGAUGGGGGCAGUUUUAAUGGAGUGGCUGUACUACUGAUAAAUGGCUCAGCACAGUAUGCUAACCAAUGUCAACAGCAACUCCAACAAAGACUAUGUUUGUAAAAAUUCUACUGACCCACAUCCACAAUUACCUGCCAAUCCAAUUUUUCAUGAUUUUUUAGGCAUGAAAAACCCUGAUAAUACUCCUUUGGUUUUUGCUCCCCGGACGGCGGCGGCGGCUGCGGAGCCCUCGCCGGCUGCCUCCGCCUCCCGUGGUCCUUCUUCAAGCGGUGGUCGUGGCCCUAUCUCUACUACCUCAGAUCUUGCUUCUGACCGACAGGUAGGGAGUCAUCUUGAAGGUGUUCCAUUUUAUGGUCCGAGGGGUAAUAUGUCUACGACGGAGAUUCAUAGUAGGAUUAUAGGAAGUAAGAGAAGCAUAUCGGAUUCUUUUAUGGGAUCGUAUCGGGAUGGAGUUCCACACAUGCCUUCUGAGUCGCAUCAUAAUAGCUUGCAUCUAAUGAAGACAUUACAAAAUGGAGCAGGCGGGGAGCGAAACCGAAGAUCCAAUGAUGAUGAAGUGACGCCUGGGAUGCAGCAUCCAAUGAGACCGAACCCUGCAUCACUUAUCCUUCAAUCUCAUAUUGGAAGUGGCAGUAGACUUGAUGCUGAUGUUACCAAGUGGGAAAGAUCCACAGUUAUGAACAUUGGUCCUGCUCCGGUAGUACAGGCCUCUCCUCGGGGAAAAUUGGAGCCUUUUCUUUCUCGGUUAGAGUUAGCUACAAAAAAGUUCAGAGAUGCCAAUAUGAUUCCCCCAAAUAUAUUUCAGUCAGCUGCAGAUGAGGGAUCUCGAACUGGAAUCAAAGGUCCUGGAAUCUUAAGUUCGAGCAAUCCCGGUGGUGGAACCUCUGAACGAAAUUCAUCUAUCCUACUGGGAAGCUGCAGCUUGCAAAAGUCUGGGACUAAUGUCGUGGAGCAUGAAGCCGGUAUUCCUUCAAGUCGACGUGGUCUUGCAUCUGCUAAUCGGCAGAUGACAAUAUUUUACGGUGGCCAAGCACAUGUCUUUGAUGACGUUCAUCCAAACAAGGCAGAUGUUAUAAUGGCCUUAGCUGGAUCGAACGGUGGAUCGUGGUCAACUAAUUAUGGAGCAAAGUCAAAUGCUAGGCCAAUCAAUGAAAACCAAGAACCAAGUGGAGAACUCGAUAUUGGUAUGACAAGUAACAGCACCCCAGCGUUCGCCAAAGAAGCUCGUGGAAAGCUGUGUGUUGCUGGGAGUUCCGUUCCAUUAGCUGGCUCUGUUGAGAGAAUCUCGACAACAUCACCAGGAGCACCUCAUGGCAGCAGUGGUGGUAAGGGCGGUAGAGACCAAGUUCAAGCCACUGAUUCCAUGGAGAAGAAGAGAGAGGUGCAAUAUUAGUUCUCCAACUCAGACAAAUGUUUCUAAAUCCAUGAAGGCAGAUGUUUUAAGGAAUUCUCGACGUGCCACUCGUACUCCGGUACUAUUUAACUUCGAUUUUUAUUGUAUUUUCUUACCUUCUUUUUCUUGGGGGGAAGAGGGGGGUAAUUUUCUUGUUAAUGGGAUGUGGAGAUAUGAGAUUUUAUGGAUCAGAUUCCAGAUUAAAUGAAUGGUUUAAGCUUGAUGAGCAAUGGAAAUGAAUCCCCUUUUCUUUUUAUGGAACUUUGCCAUUGGAAAAGUUGUCCUUAUUUCCUAAUAACUACUUGAAAUUA